AUGGAUUUUUCUCGGCUUCACAUGUACACCCCUCCUCAGUGCGUGCCCGAGAACACUGGCUACACCUAUGCACUCAGUUCGAGUUAUUCUUCUGAUGCUCUGGCUUUUGAGACUGAGCACAGAUUGGACCCCGUGUUCGAUUCUCCAAGAAUGUCCCGCCGUAGUUUGCGGCUGGUCACCACCACGUGUGCCGUGGAGGAUGGCCAGGCUGGGGACGCUCACUCCUGCACCAGUAGCACCGUGUCCCUGAAGGACAGAGCGGCCAGAACAGUAAAGCAGCGCAGGAGUGCAAGCAAGCCAGCUCUUAGUAUAAACCACACCUCGAGGAAGGUCGUGUCCUGCGCCGUGGGCCAGAGCGUUGCUAGCACGCUCUCAGGUGCGGCCUGCCUCCGGCCUCCGGUGCUGGAUGAGUCUCUGAUCCGCGAACAGACCAAAGUGGACCACUUCUGGGGGAAGGCAGCCUCUGGAAUAUACUGGUGGCUAGGGAUUGGAUGGUACCAGUUUGUUACUUUGAUUUCUUGGCUGAAUGUGUUUCUUCUUACAAGGUGCCUUCGAAAUAUCUGCAAGUUUUUAGUCUUGCUCAUUCCAUUAUUACUUUUACUAGGUCUGUCCCUGUGCGGCCAGGGAGACUUCCUCUCAGGCCUGCCUGUGCUCAGCUGGACACGCAUGUACGGAGCCCAGCGGGCGGACGGCCCCAAGAGCUCGGUCACACCUGACGCGUCUCACCUGAGCCAGCCGCCGGAGGCUGGCGACGAGGCUUUCCACUGGCAUCGGAUGAGCGAAGUGGAAAGGCAGAUGACCUCACUGUCUGGACAGUGUCGCAGCCACGAUGAGAAGCUUAGAGAACUAGCUGCUGUGCUUCAGAAACUGCAGGCACGGGUGGACCAGAUGGACGGCGAUAGUGAGGGGACGCUGUCCUUGAUUCAGCGUGUGGUAGGGGGCCCCCCCAGGACGACUGACGCCAUGACUUUCUACCAGGAGCACGAAUUGCGCCUCUCGAACCUAGAAGAUGUUCUUGGAAAACUGACAGAGAAGUCAGAGGCCAUCCAGAAGGAAUUAGAACAGACCAAGCUGAGAACAGCUAGCGGAGUUGAGGAAGAGCAGCACCUCCUCUCCGUGGUGAAGCAUCUGGACCUGGAACUGGGUCAGCUGAAAUCUGAACUGUCCAGAUGGCAGCAUUUGAAAACCAGCUGUGAAGAGGUUGAUACCAUCCAAGGAAAGGUAGACGCCCAGGUCCGAGAAACCAUCAAACUCAUGUUCUCGGACGGGGAGCAGGGCGGUUCUCUCGAAUGGCUGCUACAGACGGUUUCUUCUCGGUUCGUAAGCAAGGACGACCUGCAGGUUUUAUUACGGGAUUUGGAGCUGCAGAUCCUGAAGAACAUUACACACUACAUCUCUGUGACGAAGCAGGUUCCAGAUUCUGAAACCGUAGUAUCUGCUGCAAAGGAGGCAGGGAUUUCCGGAAUCACAGAAGCGCAAGCACGUGUCAUCGUGAACAACGCCUUGAAGCUGUAUUCCCAGGAUAAGACUGGCAUGGUGGACUUUGCUCUGGAGUCUGGCGGUGGGAGCAUCCUGAGCACGCGCUGUUCUGAGACAUACGAGACCAAGACCGCACUCAUCAGCCUGUUUGGGAUCCCGCUCUGGUACUUCUCCCAGUCCCCACGCGUCGUGAUCCAGCCUGACAUACAUCCAGGUAACUGCUGGGCAUUCAGAGGCUCCCAGGGGUACCUCGUGGUGAGGCUGUCCAUGAAGAUCCACCCAACCGCCUUCACUCUGGAGCACAUACCAAAGACGUUGUCGCCCACGGGCAACAUCACCAGCGCUCCCAAGGACUUUGCAGUCUAUGGAUUAGAAAAUGAAUACCAAGAGGAAGGGCAGCUUCUGGGACAGUUUAUUUAUGAUCAAGAAGGGGAAUCACUCCAGAUGUUCCAUGUUCUGAAAAAACCUGACGGAACUUUCCAGAUAGUGGAGCUUCGGAUUCUCUCCAACUGGGGCCAUCCUGAGUACACAUGUCUCUAUCGGUUCAGAGUUCACGGAGAGCCUGUCCAGUAGAGACCCUCCUAUGGUUCUUGUACAUUUUGUAUAUACGGGGACAGCCUCAAACACUGGAGCCCUUCCUGAACCAGGGCACCUGGAGCAUCGGGAGGACGUCACCCCUAAAUGAACUUGCCAGUGGGAGCUGAUGCCCCGCUCGCUCUUCUGUCCACAGGAAACACUGCAUGUUGAAUGCCUGGCUUCCCUGAGAUCCGCCGGCCACAGCCCAUCUCUGGGAAUCCAUUGGAACAUGUGGUUGUUAGGGGGUUUGUUUUGAACAUAAAGCUCUUGAUACUUGUAUUCUCUCGACAUCAGGAACAAAGCAAGUGAAGCUACAGGUCAAAGUGUUCUUGAAGCUUUGAUAUUUAGCCUUUCACUGGCCCUUCUACAGGACUUUGGGGGCAGACCUAUUUCAUCUGUUCCAUCCAGCGCACGUUUCUUUCAGGGAAAAACAUUGCCACCAAAUUUCAGAGUUCUGAACUCCUUUCCUUUAGGAGAGGGUUUCUCCUUUCUUCAGCACCAUUAGUUAAUGUAAGUUCCCAGGUGGGGAAAUAACUGUUUCUCUACUUGAUUUGCUCCUGCUUCUGAGAAAGACUUUCACAGUCAGGCCUGGGUGUGUUGUUUCUGUUCAGGAUCCAGGGUGAUUCGUUUUGUUGUGGGCUUAAAGUGGGUCUGAUUUGAAAGGGGGUGGUGGUCUGGAUCUCAGCCAACGCCUGAAUGGAGCACUCAGGUCUCAGCGAGGCUCUGCCCAUUGGGGGGCCACCCUGGAGUUGGACCUCACAGUGUCCGUAGGAUUCCAGAAAUCCAACCUUGGGGAUGUCAUCAGGUU